AUGCAGUCGCAGCAGCAGCAGCAGCAGCAACAGCAGACGCACGAGCAACUCGGCGCGGACUGCUGCUAUCACCAGCAGUGGCUCGGACAGCAGCAGCAGCAGCAGCCGGUCCUCGGGCUGCCCUCGCCGAUGCAGCAAAUGGAAGCUUGUCUACAGACGGCCGGUAGCAACGCGAAGAAGCCACCCUCGCCGACGAGUUUGGCCGAUAGUAGCAGCAGCGGUGGUGGAAGCGGUGCCGUGAGGACUAUCGGGAUCGCUAACGCGGGCAGCAAUGACAGCAAUAACAACAGGAGGACCGAGAGCUCGGGGGGUGAGAACAACAGCGAGGAGGAGACGGGACAGUGCAAGAAGCCGUUGCAUCCGGCACUGCUUGGAGCCGGAGGGGCUCUCGAGGCUAGGCCGCUGUGGGAAGAGUUUCAUCAGCUUGGUACCGAGAUGAUCGUUACCAAGGCCGGACGUCGCAUGUUUCCCACCUUCCAGAUCCGGCUCUUCGGCCUCGAACCGAACACGGAGUACAUCCUCAUAAUGGACUUCGUGCCCUGCGACGACAAGCGUUACAGGUACGCCUUCCACAGCAGUGCCUGGGUAGUCGCCGGUCGAGCCGACCCCGUAUCGCCACCUCGAAUGCACUGGCAUCCCGACAGUCCGGCCACCGGUGCCCACUGGAUGAAACAGCCCGUCUCCUUCGACAAGCUCAAGCUCACCAACAACCAGCUCGACGAUAACGGACACAUAAUCCUGAACUCGAUGCACCGGUACCAGCCUCGCUGCCACGUGAUAGUCCGGCCGUCUCCAGCGGGUUCCUUGCCCGAUCCUCGCUACGAGAACUUCAAGAGCUUCUCCUUUCCGGAGACGCGUUUCACCGCGGUCACGGCCUACCAGAAUCACCGGAUAACUCAGCUCAAGAUCGCGAGCAAUCCAUUCGCCAAAGGCUUCAGAGACUGCGAGCCCGACGAGUGCGAAAGCUCCUCGUCGUCCUCGUCGACUCCGACGGCUCCACCGGCCAAGAGACCGGCUCCCGGGGUGUAUCCGGCACCGGUACAUCUGGCACCGAUUCCGAUACAGGCCACUGCCACGGCACACCAGGAGGCAGCGCAUCAUCAGCCACAACAGCAUCAAUUCUACUGGGGAUAUCCGUCGGGACACCAGCCGGCCCAGAGCUUCGUGCCGCAUCAUCACGCGCCGCCACCGCAACCACCACCGCCGCCGCCGUUGUACGGACCGCGUUAA